UGGUGAGGGUGGCUAAUAGGUGAGGUGGGGGUUGAGAUGUAUUUCAGCACAAAAAGCUCUGCCUUGUCACAUUGAAGUCUACUUUCCUUUAAAGAAACUUGCUAGAAAAGAAAGGGGGUGAUAAAAACAACAACAACAACAAAAGCUAUCACUAUUUUCUUCUACUGCUACCUCAACCAAACAGAGAAAAAAAAAGGCCCUGCCGGCCCUUGAGACAGUGAGUUCGCACUUGACAGAGGAUUUUCGCUUUGGCUGAUUACCUUUUUUCGUCCAGGUGUGAAGAGAUAAGGAAAAAAACAGACGUGUGUGUGUGUGUGUAAAAUAGGAAAAAAACACAGCGAGUGAGUGUAUGUGUGCGUGUGUAUAAGAUAGAGGAAGAUAGAUUAAGGGUUUGUACUGUGUUUAUGUGUUGGCGUUUGUUGACGACUUUAUAAUUUACUUCGUUAAUGAUUUAUUAUUAGUUUUUUUCUCCCGACCAAAUUCCAUCAUUCUGCUGUUACCCUCUUUCAAGAAUUAAUUCACCGGAAAGAAAACAAUCUUUUUAUUUCACUCAUUCAUUCCAGGCUUCGUAGGAAGUUCGCCCUUUGCAACCCACACCUCUUUGACUGUCGGAUCCUUUCCCUCGUUCACCUUUCAUUCUCAUAACAAAACCAAAUUAUUCCAGACCAAAAUAAUUCAUUCGUUAGUCACCAACAACAUUUUAGUUUAUUUAUUCAUUUAACUAGGUCAGAGGUUAACACAAAAAAAAAACCCUCCAAAAAAACUCAGGUGAACGGACCAACAGCAAAAAACACCGUCCCUCUUAAGACUAGAGGAAAAUAAUAAUAAUAAUAAUAAUAAUAAUAAUAAUAAUAAUAAAUAAUUAUUAUUUUCUUAGGAUUGGGUCAUCUCACACACCCCCAAACAGAUACUCGAACAUAUUGCUUUCAUUUUGAUAUCUCUAUUCGUACAUAAUUUCCGGUUUUACUCCCUUUUAAAAUACGUCUCCAUUAUUUAUUCGAAUCAGCUGGGUUUUCCGAAGCUGGUCACCGCUACAGAGCACAUGGGCUCAUCUUGAAUUGAAUAAACAUUAAUUAUAUACCUGCCUUGUUAAUUAGAACAGAGAGAUAGACAAACGGACACGCAGGCAGACGAAUAGAUUAGGCAGGUACUUUGAUAAAGAUCAUAUAAUAUAUAUAUAAAUGAGAUAGUUUGUUGUGGUUUGUUAUAGACUGGCAAGUGAAGAAGUAAAUGGACUGAGUGAAGGAGAUAAAUAGGAACAGAGUGAGCGAAUGAGAGAGAGAGAGAGAAAGAGAUCGAAUGAGCGAUUGAGAGAGAGAGAGAGGCUGCUGCUGCCAGACGGAGAUGAUCGGAUGAAAGAAAAAAGAAAAACAAACAAACCCACCUGUAAAAGGUAAGGGUAAGGAAAAAAAUACCUUACUACCACCUUCACCACCACCACCACCAACAACAACAACAGUGCCACCGGCACCAUUAAUAAUAAUAUAAACAGUAACAACAGCGGCAAGGUUUGUUGCUUCGUAAGAAGAACAAAAAGAAAAUGAAGUUAACUCGGAUUCUGUUCACAUAUGCCCGGCGUAUUGCCGCCGUAAAGAGUAAGAAAUUCGUCGAAUUUGAUCCCGUCUUUGAGAGAUAUGCAUCUUUUAAUCCGUCCCCGCUGUCUUUGGAGAAGUUUAUGGAAUUUGGAGGUAGUCAGAAUGCGUGUGAAAGGACUUCAUUUGAAUUUCUGCGUAAAGAAUUGCCUGUUAGGCUUGCCAAUAUAAUGAAGGAGAUCAACCUUCUGCCAGACAAUCUUCUACAAAUGCCUUCAGUGGCCAUGGUACAGAGCUGGUAUCAGCUGAGUUUCAAAGAGAUCCUUACAUAUGAAAAUGCUGACCCGGACGAUAAUGAAAUGCUUGAAAAUUUUAUAUUUUCCAGUUUUACCGAAAGAUUGGUGAAGAUCAGGAACAGACACACCAAUGUUGUGGAAACAAUGGCCCAGGGUGUCAUAGAACUGAAGGACUCUCAUGGCAUUGACAGCAACACUGAGACUCGCAUCCAGUACUUCUUGGACCGGUUCUACAUGAGCAGGAUCAGUAUAAGAAUGCUUAUCAACCAACACACUCUCCUGUUUGGCUCCCAGCUUGCCCAGAAUAAUCGUCACAUUGGUUGCAUUGACCCCAACUGUGCAGUUUUAGAUGUUGUCAAAGAUUCCUAUGAGAAUGCCAAGUUCCUCUGUGACCAGUAUUAUCUCAAUGCUCCAGAAGUGGAAAUCAAGACACAUAAUGCCACAGUGCCAGACCAAAAAGAAGACAUUCGUAUGGUCUAUGUUCCAUCACAUUUAUAUCAUAUUUUGUUUGAACUCUUCAAAAAUGCCAUGAGAGCUGUUGUUGAGUAUCACCCCGAAGACAUGGAACUGCCAAAGUUAAAUGUCGGCAUCACCAAAGGAGAUGAAGAUGUGACUAUAAAGAUGAGUGACCAAGGAGGCGGCAUUCCUCGGAGUAAGUCCGACUUGUUGUUCCAUUACAUGUAUUCCACUGCACCACAACCAAUGCGAUCAGAGAAUGGGUCAGCACCACUGGCUGGUUAUGGUUACGGCUUACCAUUGUCUCGUCUCUACGCUCGUUACUUCCAUGGAGAUUUGAUCCUUAGUUCUGUCGAAGGCUUUGGAACUGAUGCAUUUAUCUAUCUAAAGUUGUUUCCAAGUGAAGCAAAUGAACUUCUGCCUGUUUACAACACGACUGCUUCAAGAAUGUACCAUACAGAUACCCUCAUCUCAGACUGGAGUUCUCCAGGGGCUGGUACGAACAUGAGUCGCAGUUAGUAGUGACAAAUGCAACCAAACAACAACAUGAGUCACGACUAGCUGCGAUCACUGUUACCUACAAACAACAACAACACGAGUCACAGCUGGUUCGGACGACUGUACGAGCAUGAGUCACAGCUAGUAGCGACUAUUGUACCAAGAGCUGUUUUGGUCAGAGGCUUUGGCUGCUGAAAAUGGAAAGUUUUAAAUAAACAAAAAUGUAGAGUUUUUAAAAAAUGGAUUUGAAGUGGACAUUUUACAAACUGAAAAAUAUCUUCAUCUUUCUUUACUUCUUUUUUUUAUUUUUUAAAUGAGAGCAAGCUGGACGAAGGAACUGAUUCCAAGAUUUCUUGCUCUCUAACUAGAAUUUCUUUAUUUGGUUCCAGAAAGAUGAUUUCAAUUUGACCUCCUGGUCCUUCUUUCUCCCUCUGUACAACCCCCCCCCUUUUUUUUUUUUUUACUCAUUUUUCUUUUUAUCUUCACCUUAGACCUCUACUACUACUACUACUACUACUACUUCUUCUUCUUCUUCUUUACCUCCUCCUUCUUUUCCUCCUACCCCUCCUCCUCCUUCACUCUUGCUGUUGAUAAAUGUUUUUUUUUUCCUUAUAUAUAUAUUGUACAUUUGAGAACAAUAACAUUACUAGUCAGUAGGUUUCUAAUGAGCCAGUCCCUGGUUCAAUUCCAACAGCAAGAGUAACUUGAGGUGUCUGCACACUUGGCUUUUGAAAGCCUGUAUCUCACCAGCUAAGAAUUUACUCCAAUUCUGUUGUUGAGUGCAGAGAAAGUUCCUAUCCAAAGUGUGGGUCUUGGCAUCAGGUGUCAAGGGGCCAUCUACAGGCACAAAUGUAUUGGCCCUUGUAAAAUGGCGUCUUUUGUGCUGUUGUGGCAGCAUUAUUUUGAAUUUUGAUGGUUCAUGGCUUAUGUGCAAUUUUGUAAAGGGAUAUUGCUGGUUGUAAGCUGUUAAUGGUGAGGUCUUUCACAAAAUCAGAUCCACCAUGUAGGUGGGUGUGUGUGUGUCUAAAUAUAUAUAUAUAUAUAUAUACACACACACACAUACACACAUGCACACACACAUUUUAUAAAAGGAUUUGCAAAGAAUUCUUUAUACAGUCACAAUAUUUGAAGCAAGAUUUGCUUAAAUUAAAAAUUAUUAAUUACAUAAAACUCUUUUUUAAAAAAUCCAGGAUGGCAUGAACCUUCCAAAGGGUUCUUACCAUUUUGUUAUUUUAAGUUAAUUUUUGAUAUAAUUAAAAAUUUUUGAUUUAAAAAAAAUCUUUCUUCAUAUAUAUAUAUAUAAGAGAGAGAAAGAAGUAGAGAGAUGUGUGUGGAUGUGUAAGUGUUUAUAUGUCUAUCUGCAUGGCUGUAUAUGUCCAUAUAUUGUUAAAUAGUAUUUUCUGCAGGGUUGGUCCAAUUUGGUAUCUGAGUUCAAAAUCUGGAUUGUAUGUUCAAGGUCCUUUAGGAUGUUGAGGUAACAACUGUGUCAGAGGUCAGUAAAUUUGACCUCAUUAUGAAGUCAUUGAAAGCGGUGAAAGUCUUCCAACUGCUCCUCCUACAGGUAGCAGCUUCACUUCCCCAAGUCCAAAUUUUUUUUCAAAAGUCAUUAAUAAUGAAUCCUUUCCAUCAUUUUUGCAAGGAAUUAAGAAAGAAAUGUAAAAAAUAUGGGCUUCUUGGUAGAAUGUUGUGCCUCUGUGGACAUGCCUAAAUUAUAGAUUGAUUGAUUAGUAUCAAUACUUUAGGAUCAUUGUAUUGAACAAUGGAGACGGUACUUAGCAGGGUUGCAGAUCCUAUCAGCCUGACCGAAGCUUUAUUUUCCAAUAGUGGAGUCACUCAAUGGUGAAACUAUGCUCACUGUUGACUAUGCUGGCUAAGCAUGGUCACAGGACUGACCAAUUGUUGGAGCACAUAUCUAAGAUCACUGUUUACAUGAUGCAAGCAGUUGAUCACUAGGUCAUAUCCCAAAUGAGCAGGACUAUGCUUGACUAGUAAAUACAAACUCACUUGAUGGAGGUUCUUGUUAAGAGCAAGAAAGUGGGCCACGCUGGUGGGAAACGGCGAGGACCUUUUAUAAUGUUUGGUCCUGAUGA